UUUUUAUUCUAUCUUUGCUUCCAUCUAGGUGUUACUUUCAAUAUGAAUCUUCGUGACAAGGGAGAAGAGCAAGCAUCGUCUCGUUUCCCUCCAUCCCAUCCGUUGAAGGUACCCCUGUCCGAAGAAAAUGCUGAACAAAAAUCCGUCAGGGUCAAACGUCGUCGAACGCGACGGGAACGCGACUACAUCAAAUUUGGCCAGAAAGUUAUGGGCAAAAUUCCAGAACAGAGACCCAACUGCAGGGGCCUGAAGAAGAUGCUGCCCCCUUUCUGGAGCUCCCAGCUAAGCAACUGUGCUAAAUCAACCCCCGUCAAAGGGAGCCAUGUUGCCCAACCCGUGAUCAUAACCCAGAACAGAUUGACACAGCAUCUGGGCAUCUUUAACCGAGAGGUGAAGUCCGCCGACAUUGAGAGAUUACUAAGUCCCAAGGCUGAACAUGACGCCAUGGAUGUGACUCCUAUCCAGAAAGCCAGCGGAGGGCUACUGGGAAUAGAGAUGCAGUCCUGUAGCUCUCCUGAUACAAACCAGAAAUCUGUUCCGAGGGAGCAAGGUGAAUGCACUUUAAAAAAGGAUUUGAACCCAGUGCCCGGGGAUUCUCAUGCCACCCCUGUAUCAGUCAGAGAACACCACCCUGUUGUGCAGGAAGAGGAUGCUGGCUACAAGCCCUCAUUGGCAUCUCCUGCUGCGACGUUCGACCAACAGGCCACAGGGGAGGAAGCUUUCCAAAGCAACACAACAGUGCCUGCGAACGACAAGGAAAACGUCCCCCCACCUCCCGCAGAGGGCGUAGAGCUGAGGAAGCGCACACAUCUGGCCAAGGAACUUGCUCAGGACUUAGAAAAACUGCUGGAUCUCAAGGCAAUAUUCCCGGGGCGUGAUUUCAUCGGUGAAAUGCGGCAGAAGGUUAUCAACGCCGUGCUGCGGCAACAGAAAACCUUGCCCGAUUGGUCCACUUUGGCGUUGCUGAGGAAAAAAACAGGUAGUUAUAACACGGACGCAGAUGACGGACUAUCCCGAAGAGAAGAUUUUGAGCUGUUUGCCAAGCCAGAAGUACACGGCCCGCGCAGCUUCUUUUCAACGGCACCUCAGCCUCACUCUCUCCUGUCAACUUCUUCCGAGAGCGUGGAUUCAGCCAGGAGCUCCUUCACUCUCCCAGAGGAACAGUGCGCUCCGCCCGCAGUCAGAACUGCUCAGUCCUGGGAGCAAAGCAUGGGGGAAUCCAGAGGCAGGCAGGAGAGGUCGGAAGGCAAAAAAAGAGGGGCCCUGAAAAAAACGGCCACCUCCAAAAGGCAUCAUCAGCUUCGCCAACCUCUGGCUGACCGAGAUUCCUUUGGAUCAGCUGGUCUUAGCCGAAGCCCCGGCGGCUUCCUCGUGGCUGAUCCGCAGCCCUAUCCUUUUGCCUAUAAACUCAGCCCGGAUCGGUGGACUCUACGGGAGGCGGAGCCCGUUCCAGGGUACAACCUGCACCCGUCACAGGAGCUGCACAGUUCUCAGCUUGUAGAUUUAGGACUCAUAGAAAGAGCCGCUCCCGAAUCCCAGACUUCUUUCGACGUCUUAAAAAGUAUCUGGAGUCCUAAACGGGCCAGCAAGGAAGCCAAGCCCUCCCAAGCCCUGGCCUGUACUUCCUUGGCUCACCUGCCCCUGUCUUCCAGGGAGUGGAACUCAGAACAAGGGCAGCCGAAGGAAUUUUUCCAGCUCAACGCCCUCUCCCAACAACCCCACUCCUUCUACAGGCACUGUUUCCAGCAAGAAGUCUCUGCGCCCAGCAGGGACCCUCAGCUGAAGAGUGGCGUCUCUGCACAAGGAAAACCUAGACUCUAUUACCAGAAGGUCUCAGCCGAACAAGGGAGAACCUCCCACAAUUACCCAUUCUGGGGGCUGGCCGAGGCCUCCGAAAAAACACAAACGUCUAGAGAAAAAGGAGCCGGGAACCAGAUUUGCAGCUUGGAGAGGCUCCUUCAUUUGGGAAACCUGCAGCAACUGCAGGCUUUACAGCAACUGCCCAUGUCUUAUUUCCCCCCUUCUGAGGCUUUAGAGAAAGGGAUUUCUCCUCUCACUUUACAGAGUCAUCUGUGGGGGCAGUCCAGUCCUGAGCCCUGGGCCUUCCCGAGAAUGAGGUUGUACUGA